AUGCCCGAUAUGCACGUCUUCAAUCAUGUUCCAGCGAAACUGGACUUGUCAAAUGCGCCCUCUCAAUACUUCCAGGUGCCAGCCGCCUCCGCAUCCUCAUCACUCUAUUCCCUCUCAGUCAGUCGCAAGCGCCCACGCCGUAACACAGAGAAACUUGCAUCGCAUUUCGAAUCUCCAUCCGAGUUCGAGUCUCCGCUGAUCCAGUCCGAUUAUCGAGCAUUCAGCGGAGGAAACGACUUCCACACCUCUGCAGAGCUGGACUACCGUCCAAACCGAUACCGCGAAUCCUUCCUCCCACCCUCUCUCGAUGCAAGCACCGAGUCAAUAAACCCCGAGUCCAGCGGCACCAGUCGCAAGCGCAGUCGUCGUGACUCGGGGAUCGCAUCCCCAAGCGCUGACGGCCCAGACUCGCCCUCGACAACACCAACAGGCUGGGGCCGGACUGUGAUCAAAGCAGUUGGCAAAGUCCUCGACCUCUGCUGGUCUGGAGCAUUCCGAGGAUUCUAUGCGGGUGGUGGUCAGGGAUAUGACAUGACAGCUGGGCCAUCAACCAGCCCAUCCACCGACAAAGACCCCUUCCACUCCAACCUAUUCCACGCAACCCCCGUCCCGGGCCAAUAUCCCGACGACGACCUCGACCGCAGCUGGGUCGUUGUUCCACCCGAGACCCACAAUUCUUUCGUGGGCACCAGCGAGAUGACCAGUCCGUCACUGCGCACUCGUCGAAUGUUUCAAGCUUCCAGUCCCAGGCGUCGACCAGCCGUCAUGCCCCGACUCAAGAAGGUAGCCUACACCUCACCACGGCCCAAAAGCCCAACCAAGAACCAGGGUCUUCCCUCACCCCGAACAAGGGACGCUCCUGCAUCUGCGGAGGCGCAGAGACAUGCGGCCAAGAUGCGCCGCAAGGAGCGGGAAGAGGAUGCCAGCAUCCAACGCUUGAACAAGCAGCUGCAAGAUAUGAUCCGGGAGGGUAAAGCGGCGCUCGGAACGACAGUUGAAGUAAAUGACGUGGACAUGGAUUUCUCCGACUACGACUAA